AUGCAUGACAGAGAUGACAUAUCAAAAGUUGAUUCUGACAAGUUCAAUUCGAUCAUCAAUGAAGUGGAAAGCUUGCAUCAACUAGAUACUUGUAUGAAGCGGCGAGUGCGUUCACAUAACACUUGGUUCCCAUCUGGUUACAGGAGCUUGGAGACUAAAACCUUGCUACUGAAUCUGAAACCGAGAGAGCAAGUUGCAGAUGCUGAAGCGCUAUUGGACAUCACGAACACCUUGGUGAGCUCUGUUAAAGCACAUAGUAAUGAGGGGAUAACUCCGUCAGACUUUGUGAGCUGUCUGCUCAGAGAUUUUGGUAAACAAGUUGGUCCAAGUGGCAGCACAGAAGACGUGCGGAACUCUAUUGCUUGGAAGGAUAUCGGUCUUGCAGUUUCUCAUCUUGAUGAAGCUGCCACGGAAGAGAAAACCGACACUGAUAAGAAUAUGGCAAUAAUGUUUGACAUAUUAAAGAAGAAUAAGAGGGAUGGAAGAGUUGAAAUAAAUGUGAAUGACAAAGGCUGGCAUAUACUCCAAGGAAUGCCCCAGCUGCAAAUGCGGUUGCCUCAGGGGAGAUUUGAUUUCCAGGACUGGAAGUUGAUGGUGGAUUCUGUUGGUGUUGGAGAAGAGCUGAUGCCAAACAGGAUUUUGGACAACAUUCCAAGUGCUUCUCAGACAGAUGAAAUACCUGGAGAUACUCAAGGAACAGGACCACCCACAACUCCAAUCAGAAAGUUAUCCCGGAAUCGUGGACUGGUUUUACAGGAGCAGACAGUCGCGGAAGACUCCCUGAAAGUGAUGAAGCAGCGAGAGCUGCUGCCAUUAGGAAGGGAAAGCGGAAGCUUAGGUGAUGUGAGUGCACGUUUGAUCUUGAACCUUCCUUGGGUUCUGAACUUUUUGCAUGACAUCAGUGAAAGCUUAAGGCAGCUUGAGAUCUCUGAUUAUGCACUUGAAACUUCAGUGGUCAAUUCCAAAAACUAG